UUAUUUAUUUUCAGGCGCGUAUGUAUACAUUACGAUUUUGGAUUUAUUGAUAUGUAAAUUCUCGUUUAGCUUUAUUUUUGUCCAAUCAAAACAAUUGUAAUAAAUACAUUUUUCUGUAACAUUGGAAUUAUCUAAUUAUAAAAGUUAGCAUAUAAUCAAUAUUGUCAAGGAUUCAGGUAUUGAGAUAACGCAUGCACACAUAUGCUCAUCAGCACAAAAUAGAGGUGAGACCUACUGAUUAUCGACAAAAGUCAAAAGUCUUCAAUAACGACGAGUGGUUAGAAUCCCCAAACCUACCCCCCUCUCUCUCUCUCUCUUUCUCUUUCUCUCUCUCUUUCUCUCUCUCUCUCCUACAAUGAAUUCAUUGCACUGAAGUAACCAAAGCAGCUAGACUCUACAGAGGAAUCAUUUCCGCAACAAUUUCAAAAAUGUAGGGUUAUGAUUGCGUCGUCAAUUCAAAUAUCUCCCACAAUGUCACACGUCUUGUGUAAAUAUUUAUGUUUUGCAUGUCGACUUCUUACGUCAUUUCCACGGAAUGUCGCCUGAAUAUGGUGCCCUGUGAUGCGUAACGACGGACUGUCAGUCGCGAUUUGGAUUGGAACGCCUUCAAAAAAAACCUUUCAUGGAGAAUAUAUCUGGUCAGCGAUGCGUGACCUCGGUCAUCCAUCAACCUUCGGUAAUGUCGUCACGAUGUGCAGUGAGUUAUCAUUGGCGCAAUCACAGUUUAGAUGUUAUAAUCAGUGGGUUUAUUUCUAAUCAUCGCCUCGUACUAGGAGUCCAUUCCAAAUAUACACGACCCCUAAAAAAACGAAAGGACGGACGGCGUAGUGGGAGGAAUUUCAGUUUUAUAAAAAUGUCAACAGGAUGAAUUAAUCAAAACCAGCGUGAAAUUAGAACCGCAUAUGUCAUAAAGGUGUUGUGUAGAUUGUUUUCACAAGAGUGCACGUGCGGCUAUCAAACAAGAGUGAUUAUAGAUUGGCUGGAGGGACAAUGGACACAAGUCUGCUGGAUGUGACGUCUCUCUUUAUGGACACGGACGAACUGACCUCAUCCUCCCGACCUUCCACGCCCUCUACAUUUUUCCGGGAACAGAGCAAAGUGUUGCCAACUAUCGGUGGAGAACAAACUGCUGGACAAAAGCGCAACUGGAAAAACCCGCAGUUAAGCAGGACCAAGGAUAAACUGAAAAAGAUUGAACGAAAGAAAAAGAAGAAAAAUAAAACCAAAGAAAAACAAGAUAGACAAAUUAUGCAGAAUGACGGACCAAUAAAUCAAUUUACCACCAAACUGCCCCGGAAACCGAUUUUCGAUUUGGCGGGAAAUAUCAUCACCACAACAGUCCCAGUACCCUCAGUGGGUCAAACAAAUGGCGAUAACGUAUCCCCUAACCCAGGGACUACAAAAUCUCCGAAUGAAGGGCUGGACAAGGGCCCACCUUUAAUACUACUCACAACAAAAUCUCCGGAGUCUUCUUCCAAAUCCACAACAGGGAGUUCUACAGACGAUGGGAAGGUAGAGGGCAGCACACUAUCGCCUGUGAUUAAUAGCACCUCCAAAAAUAUCUCCACAACGGGUAAACCUUCCACCACAUCGAAAGGAAUCGAGGACCCCCCAGCGUCCACGCCAGACCCCGAGUCUGCAGGGGAGGGUAUGUUUAACCCCAGCACCCAGUCCCCAAACCAAAUAGACUUAACAAAAAAUUUACAGGACAAAGUCAAUCUAAAUCUGAAAAAUGUCACAAAUAAUGCUGACUCAACGCAUAUCAAUAUUGUUAUUAAUGUGGUAGAUAAGAAGGGGAGAAACAAAGACAGGAAGAAGGACAAAUGGCGACGAAGACAGGUCAGGAGACUCAAGUGUCCCUCUAAAGAUUUUCGGAAUUCACCGGAAGGGUAUAAGUGCUGUUUAAAGUCCGCCAAAUGUUUCGAGAAUCUACCGGAAGAUAUAGAAGAAGUAACGGAUGCAACCAAGCAAAAUGGAGACCCCCAAACCGGAAAUUUUUCAGAGGCUUGUGGACAAAUAGACGAUUCUUUGGUAUGCAUGGCGGGAGUCCUGGCCAGGAACCAAUGCAAGAAUGCGGCGGAAAUUGUUAACAAGGACCUCUCCGAAGAAUUGGUUAUGGUCCGGGAAUUUCACAGAAAACACUGCUCUGGAACUCUAGCAGGAAGGACAACUCUAUCCCCAAUUCCAGGUGGACAAGGACACAGUGCGUCAUCCGGCUCGGAAUCUGGUCUACCGACGUCCGUUGUAAUCGGAGCUGCGAUUGGUGGAUUCUUCCUCAUCAUUCUUAUUGUUGCGAUCGUCUGCUUUGCUCGGCGGAAAAAGUCACGACCGCCUACACAAGACAAGGUAGCUUUUCGCAACUCCUCGGCAGAGUCCGCUCGCUACAAGGAGUUCUUCAGGAGCAGUUCCGAAGUGUACGCUGAAAUAGACGAGAAACAUCUGCAGAGAUCCCUUCGAGUUAACAAUGACAAUACCACGUUCGAAAGGGUAGAAGGAAAUGGCGGGAGUACCGGAAGCAGACCGUUGCCCACUGCGCCCUCUAACGGCGUCGAUGAAGAUAGAAGCGGAUAUCUAACCCCCCGAGACAGCAGAGAAAACAUCAAUGACAGAACAGGCUAUGACCAGUUGUCGACUGUGUCAGUUGAUGAUGUUAGUAGUGCAGGGUCUUAUGAUAAACUUGCACGUGCCCAUCGCAAUGAACAUCCAGAACCGGAAGUUAUAGAUGGUGAUUAUAUAACUCCAGAAUCAGAUAAACCGACAGAAGAAAAAAAUCCGGACAAUUACCACACAUACUUCGUGUUGGAAAAAUGAGUUUCUUUUCUUGAUUAUCGAACGCUUACUAACAGGUACUCUGUACAAAGUCUUUCGUAUUUCUUUCAGUUGAUUACAUAUUGUAACUUAUUUCUUUCAGUUGAUUACAUAUUGUAACUUAUUUCUUUCAGUUGAUUACAUAUUGUUACUUAUUUCUUUCAGUUAAUUACAUAUUGUUACUUAUUUAUUGAUGACGAUAAAUGUCAUGAAGUGAAUGCAUAUGUUUUGUCAAUUUGUACAUUGAAAAUAUGUAUUUGAAUAUUUUAUUUUCUUAAAACAAGUUAUGUGCGUGGUAUAAUUGUUCUUUUUUUUAAUGAAAGAUGUUCAUACUCUA